UUUAGGAAGAAAAGUGUAGGGGGAACUGACAAAGGGAACCAAAAUAUAAAAUGACUUUGCUAGUCGGCCCAAUUUUCUCAGCACACUGGGACAUUUUUCUAAACAAAUGGUAAAACUAGCGUUAGCUCACCGGAGACCAACAUCUAGUUAGUACCAUCCGUAUAUGUAUUCAUUUUAUACUUUUGAUUUCUGACCCUUUCAUUAAAGCAUAGAUUCUUGCUGAAUGUCGGCUGGUCGAUUUCAUGUGUGGUCAUUUUUUUAUUUACGCUCCAAUGUUUGAUUAAGUCGGAGGUAAUAUAAGCAACCGCAACAUAAGGUGGAACGUUGGUAACAUCACGUGAACAUUGUGCCGUUGCUGCCAUAAAUCGCCCUGUAUUGCACACGGAAAGUAAAUUUAUAGCGACAAAUUAAAUAACGUCUUGCCAUCAUUCGGAUUAUCAGAGGCCCGUAUGGCAGCUUACGGGGCUGCACCCGGACCAAGUACCUCCAACUGGAAUAUGAAUCAGACCCAGGAGGAUUUGGACAGGAUUGCUGAAGCAAAUGAACUCUUUGAUGCUGUUCUGACUGGAUCAGUUGAUCUUGACAAGAAAGUUAAAAACCAAGUGUCACCUGCAAAGAAAACGUCAAGUUCAUAUGAGACAAAAUCAACAGACGAAAAUGAAGGGAGUUCAAAUAAACGUCUUGCACUUUAUAUAGGAAAUUUCCCUUGGUGGACGUCUGAUGCAGACAUCACAUCAAUGGCAAAGACCUUGGGUGUAAAGGACAUUAGGGAAAUCAAAUUUGCAGAGAACAAAGUAAAUGGCCAGUCAAGAGGCUAUGCCGAAGUGGUGGUGGCGACCACAGAAUCAUUUCAAACAUUGUUAGAAAAAGUACCCGGGUGUAAAGUAAAUGGAGAAAAAGUCGAGUGCCGUUUUGCCACUCACCAGAACCUCAAAUUGUUUGAGAAUGUUGCAAAGAAACGUGUUCCCCCUCGUGUUUCAAAAAACUCAGAUUCUUCGGGAACGGUUGCAUCGUCAUCACAGGAGCCCAGCACUUUGCCCAAACCUCCAUUUUUUCCUAUGUCCACACCCCCACCCUUACCUUUCCUGAGUCAGCAACCUCCUCCCUUCCCAUUCAUGCCUCCAAACAUGUCAGUGCCACCCCCCUUCAUUUUCCCUCCUUCACACCAGAUUCCCAUCCAAGCACCUCCUAGUCUUCACAUAAACCCAGCAUUCUUCAACCAGGAUGGACAAAGCAGCAUAAUGCACAACCAACAAAAGCAAACAACUCAAGUUACAGAUGACGAUUUUGAAGAACUAAUGAACAGAAAUAGAGCUGUUGCCAGCAGUGCCAUUUCCAAGGCAGUGUCUGGAGCAGCAGCUGGAGACAGGGAUGUGUCAAUGGAGACACUAUUAACUGCUAUUGCCAUCAUUAAGCAGUCCAGAGUGUAUGGAGAUGAACGCUGUCAGGCCUUGGUUACUUCGCUCAAAGACUGUCUAGUGUCCAUCCAAGGAAACUACAGCUACAGAAGUCGUUCUAGGGACAAAGACAGAGACCGAGAUCGUGACAGGGGCCGUGACAGGGAGCGAGAAAGAACAGAAGAUUCUUCUGGAUGGGAAGGAUCCCGAAGACGGGAGGGGCGCAGAGAACGGUCGUGGAGUAGAGAGAAGUCCAGGGAGCAUUCACGCGAUCGGGAUAGACACAGAGAUUACAGAGACCGAUACCGCUGACAUGACUGGUCAUGUCUGUGUGUGAAGCAGAGAAAAGACAAGACUUUUUGUUUCUACUUCAAGCUGUAUAUAACCUGACAAAUGCUGAGGUGAGACUGAAGAUUUGUUCCAAAACUGUUUCUACUUUAAGUUCUACUCUUGUCUGUACAUACUGGGACAUUUGCUUGUUUUAUGGAAAAAAAAAAAAAUAGUAGUCUGUCUCAUGGACAUCCAGAGGUUGCAUGCAAAACAUUUGUGUAAAAUUGUCUUCUUUUGUAAUAAGUUAACAAAUUAAACAAUUUUCCUGAUUAUCUA